UUUUUCGACAACCUCACCGUUCGCAGGAAGUGCAGCCGCCCCAUUUCCAGCAGUCAAGAUGGCCCGUCGUCCCGCGAGAUGUUACCGCUACUGCAAGAACAAGCCCUACCCUAAGUCCCGGUUCAACCGUGGUGUUCCCGACCCCAAGAUCCGUAUCUUCGAUCUGGGACGUAAGAAGGCCAACGUCGAUGACUUCCCUCUUUGCGUUCACCUCGUCUCCAACGAGUACGAGCAGCUGUCCUCCGAGGCCCUCGAAGCCGCCCGUAUCUGUGCCAACAAGUACCUCGUGAAGAUCGCCGGUAAGGAAGGUUUCCACCUCCGUGUCCGUGUGCACCCCUUCCACGUCAUCCGUAUCAACAAGAUGUUGUCUUGCGCCGGUGCCGAUCGUCUCCAGACCGGUAUGCGUGGUGCCUUCGGUAAGCCCCAGGGUACCGUUGCCCGUGUGAACAUUGGCCAGAUCAUUCUGUCCGUCCGCACCCGUGACGCCAACCGUGCUGCUGCCAUCGAGGCUCUCCGCCGCUCCAUGUACAAGUUCCCCGGUCGCCAAAAGAUCAUCGUCUCCAAGAACUGGGGUUUCACUCCCGUCCGCCGCGAGGACUACGUCCAGCUCCGCCAGGAGGGCAAGCUCAAGCAGGACGGUGCCUACGUCCAGUUCCUGCGUGGCCACGGUCUCGUUGAGGAGAACAUGAAGCGUUUCCCCGACGCCUACGAGAACGUUUCUCAGGCUUAGAUGGAUGUUUAGCGCUUUAGGACACGAAAGAAAAAAAAAACGUAUUGAACUAUUCCCACUUUUCAUGUCCUGUUUGUUAUCCUUGAUGUCAUUUAGUCACCGUAUGGGGCGGAGUUAUUUAACGCGGAUUUCCUCGGCUUG